UUAUUUUAUCUAAUGAUGCAACAGAUGAAACUACUGACAUAGAUUAUGGAAAAAUUUUAAUUGUUUUGUAUGAUCAACUUGAUUUGAAAAACAAAUUAAAAGAUAAGAAUCUACGAGCUACAAUAGAUGACGAAUUAAACAAUAAUGCAAGUAAUUAUACUGAAUGGCUACGUUUAGGUAUUGUUGCUUUGCAUUUAUUUAUUCAGCAUAAUUGGACUGGACCGCCGUUAAAAUUCCCAGAAAGUAUUGUCUGGUUAAUUGACAAUAAAAAUGAGGAAGCAUCUCGAGAACUGACUCUUGGUGAUCAGUGUAACGAUAAUGCCGAGUAUUUACAGCUUUUGUAUUUAACAAAAAUAAUAUUUACAAAUAAAAAUCUGCAAAAGGCGUUUCCAGCAUCACUUUGGUGGUUGAUACGCUCGAACUAUAUCCAUCAAAUGAUUUUAGAUGAAGAGUCAGAUGUUUUACUCAAUGAAACAGAAUUACUUAUUGACAGAAUGAGUAAGCUUAAUGAUUGGAAUAAUGAUGAAUAUAAAAGUUUUGAAACUUUAUUUUAUAUUGAAGCUCUACAAUUUACAUUAUUAUACAAAAGAAUUAAUGACUCGGAAAAGUAUUUGAACCAAGUACAAACUAUUGCCAAGUUAACUUUAGAACUCGGUGGAGCACAGGGAAAACGUACAAAGUAUCAGCAAGAAGAAAAACCACAACUUUUUCUUAACAUUAAAGCGGCGCAAGAAUUAUUUUCUUUUAUAGAAUCUCCUGAUUUACCUCAUUCAGUUCAUAUAAUGGAUGAUUUGAGGCUGGAUUCCAUUGAAUUUUCGGAAAAAAUUGAAAUUUGUAAAUUGGGAUCAAUUGAAGAAGCUGUUAUUUUGGCUAAAUGUGCCCAUCUGCAAAUAAGCCAACCAAAGGAUGACUUUUCAAUGGAAGAAUUGAUGCCGUAUUUAAAUGUAAUAAUCGAAGGAACUAAAAAUUGGGCAUUGAAAAUGGAAGCAUUGCGACAACGCAGUAUAUUUGAGAUGAAAGAUAAGCGUGGUAUAGAGCGAGCUUUAUCCCAGACUGAAAGCCUUGUAGGACAAUACAGCCAAUCAAAACCAAGUGUCUUUCAUAGAACAAAUCUUCUUUUUGCAAGUGGUAUGAAAACCAUUUGGAUAUUCAAACAAAACUUGGCAGACUCUAUGUUGAAUUUGGGAUUGGUAAAAGGCGCUCUGGAUCUUUAUCUUCAGCUAAAGUUGUGGGAGGAAGUUAUUGUUUGUUAUACAAUUCUUGACUUACGUCACAAGGCUGCAGAAAUCAUUCGUCAAGAAUUAUCAAAAAAACCAACAGUAAAAUUGUGGUGUCUUCUUGGAGAUGCUGAACAGGAUGUUAAUCACUAUGAAACUGCUUGGGAAUUGUCUGAUAAAAAAAGUAGCCGUGUUCAAAAACAUUGGGGCUUUUUUUAUUUCGAGAAAAAACAGUACGCAGAAGCAAUAUCGCAUUUAGAAUUAUCUGUUAAAUUAAAUAACAUUCAAGAGAGCGUAUGGAUUCGCUUGGGUUUUGCAGCGUUACAAAUUGAAAAUUGGGAACUAUCUGCUCAUGCAUACAGGCGUUACUGCGAACUCGAACAAACAAAUUUUGAAGCUUGGAAUAAUUUAGCUAAAGUUUACAUCAAACUAAACAAUAAACCGCGCGCUUGGCAUUCGCUUAAAAAUGCCGUUAAAUGUGAUUUCAAUGUUUGGCAAGUCUGGGAUAAUUUGAUGGUUGUUAGUAUUGAUUUGGGACAUUUUAUAGAUGUUAUUGAGUGUUAUCAUAGAAUUUUAGAUUUAAAAAAAUCUCCACACAUUGAUCAUCAAGUUUUGAGAAUAUUAACCGAGGCUAUUACCAAGAACAUAAAUGACAGUGAGGGACAACCAGUAAAAAAUAUUUUCGACAAAGCUUUAGCUCUUUUUGGGCGUAUAAAUGCAUCAGUGCCAAACGAUCCUGAAAUACUCCAACUUUACGCUGAAUUAACUGUUCUUCAAGCCACAGACACAUCGAUCAAAAAGGCCACUGAAUAUUUACAGAGAGCUUAUCGGUCUUUUGUUGCUGAUUCACGGUGGCAUCAAAGCAUUCCAACCGCCAAAAAUGUUUUACAACUCUGUUUAAAUCUCGCCGAUACUUAUUUACGUUGCUCUGAGACCACUGAUGACAUCAGAAAAAAACCAAUGCUAGCUAGCGCUAAGCUAUCACUGCAGUCGGUUCUAACUACAAUGAAACAAAAGCAUUUAAUAGAUCACGAAGAUAUUACGGAAACUGUCGGGAAACUGGAAAAUAAAUUGGAAAUUAUAAAAAAUGAAUUGAUUAAAAUUGAUAGUAAUGCAUAA